UGUAAAUACAAAAUGUUCGGUUUUCUCCCUUUCUACAUCGCUCCCGAAUUCCACCCGCUUCGGGACUCCCCAACCUGCCGGGUCUCUCCAGAUGUCCUUCUCGCCAUGGAAAAGAAAGAAAAUACAAACCACAUGCACAUUCCUACUUACCUAUCUAGUAUGAACGGACGUAUGUGCUAUGGGUCAGUGCCCAUCGCGGCACAGACUAGAUACCAUCAUUGGAUAAAUCUAGGUAGGACAUGACGAAUCGUGAAAAUCUGGUAAACGACUAUAUCUAUCUUGGUGUGUACACGGCUUAUAUAUCGCCGUUUCUACGAUAUUGAAUAAACGUUGGCCUGGUAGGUUGUUUGUAACUCAGCACAGGCGCAAACUUAUUACUCCCCACCUCCUUAGGUCGGUAACCGGUGGUAAUGAGCGCUAUCGAACUCUUUAUUGCUUUGCCAUCGAGUAAAUGUGACACUACUUACUUGUCUCUCCUCCCCCGUUGAUCUUUUUCUCUUCUAACCUUUUGACCCCUUGAAAUACUCUUCCUUUCGGCAAACACAGCCUUCAUCUCCUGCUCCCUAACCAAAUGGCCGAGUCGUCGCGGAGGACCUCCGAGACGGGUGGCCCUUCCGCGCAAGUGACGCCCAACGAUGUAGAGAAGGCAUCGCCAGAACUCGUCGAUGAUGCCGAGGAGAACUUCAAGCCCAAGACCUUGAAGUUCUGGUCUGUUAUGCUUAGCAUAUACAUUGCCCUGUUUCUAGUCGCCCUAGACCGAACCAUUAUCGGGACUGCGAUCCCCCAAAUCACACAUGAUUUUGACAGUUUAGGAGACAUUGGUUGGUAUGGCUCGGCCUACCAGUUAACCACAGCCGCAUCUCAGCUGGUGUUUGGAAGAGUUUAUAAGUUCUAUGAUGUGAAGAGCACCUUUCUUGUUACGGUCGCACUGUUUGAGAUCGGUUCGGCUAUUUGUGGUUCAGCACCAAAUUCGAUCGCCUUCAUUCUCGGUCGCGCCAUUGCAGGUUUGGGAGGAGCAGGCAUCUUCACCGGUGUGAUGCUCAUCAUGCUUCCAUUGGUACCCCUUCGCAAACGGCCAAUGUUCCAGGGCAUCUUUGGUACUAUUUUUGGCGUCAGUUCGGUGCUUGGCCCUCUAGUUGGUGGCGCAUUCACUGACCGUGUUACUUGGAGAUGGUGUUUUUAUGUCAAUCUUCCAGUUGGAGCCGUUGCAGUGUUAUGCCUUCUCUUGGUGAAAAUUCCAUCGAAGCCACCCGAGUCCGCAAAACCAUGGGAGCAUUUUACUCGGCUGGAUCCCCUCGGAACUUUCUUUUUCAUCCCAAGCAUCGUAUGCCUCUUGCUCGCACUGCAAUGGGGCGGGUCAACCUACGCAUGGAAUAGUUGGCGAAUAAUCCUUCUGCUGGUCCUCUUUGGUGUUCUUCUCUGCGCCUUCGCCACCAUACAAGUAUUGAUGCCUAAUACCGCGACAGUCCCGGUCAGAGUGAUUACUCAACGUAGUAUCGCGGCUGCAGCCUGCUACAUGGUGUCAGUUGCUGGGGCGAUGAUGUUGUCCAUCUAUUUUUUACCAUUGUGGUUCCAAGUGGUACAAGGCGUGAGCGCCGUGCAAUCCGGUAUUGAUACAUUGCCCCUUGUCCUUAGCAUGGUGGUAGCCAGUAUCCUAGCCGGAGCCCUCACACAAAAGAUCGGUUACUACGUUCCUGUCAUGAUACUUUGUCCAGCUAUCAUGGCGACGGGCCUAGGGUUGAUGAGCACUUUUAGAGUAGGCGAGACAUCUGCUCAUUGGAUCGGGUACCAGUUUCUUGUCGGUUAUGGGCUAGGAACAGGUAUGCAGUCGUCUGGACUCGCCGCUCAAGCCGUUCUUCCCAAGCCAGAUAUUCCAACUGGAAUCUCCAUAAUGUUUUUCUGUCAGCAGCUAGGAGGUGGUAUCUUCACGUCUGUGGGCCAGAACCUCCUGAGCAGUUAUAUGGUUAGACACGUAGCAGAUAUCCCUGGCCUCAAUCCCGCCGAGGUCACUAGUGAAGGCGCUACAGAUCUCGUCGACAAUGUUCUACCGGCUUAUCGACCCCGUGUAAAACAACUAUAUAACAACGCCAUCUCGAGGAUAUUCCUUUGCGGUAUGGGCGUGGCACUUGUCGCCCUAGUAGCAGCUCUUUUCAUGGAAUGGCGAAACAUCAAGAAGACAGGGCCAGGUUUCCCACCGGGAGGAAAGCCCUCAGGGGUAGUAGACGCUAACAAAGGUCCAUCGCCUAGCGAUGGAGAGAUAAAGUCGACCACUCAGGCUCAAACGGAGAAUGAUGCACAGACUCAUCCGACCAAAGAAGAGAGAGGAUCUGAAGAGUUACGGGAUCAAACCCCAAUAGCAUCCAGUUCCAAGUCUAUUCUUGAGCAGUCAGUGGCUCAUUUGAAGGAUUGAUACAUUCACUCGCGUCAUCGGUAUCUGGGUUGGCGAUGGCGUUGUGGUAUGCAUGAUCCUUCCGGUUGGAAGAUAGACGAAGAACCUCUCCUGUCAAGGAUAUAAUUGGGACAAGUACAUAAUUAGAAAACUACCACUCCAUCUUUUAGAAGUAAAUAACACAUUACUGUACGAUAACAUCUAAGCCUCGAU